AACAAAGGAAACCAAAACAGUUAAAUAGGAGGCAUGGCUGUUUUGUGGAUAUUUUUAUGCAGCCUACGGCCUUCUGAUUCGUACAGAAAACUGAAGCGUGACCACAGACAUGCCGACCGUUGAGGAAAGGAACAAGAAAGUUCUGGCACUUCUCAAGCCUGGGGACUUGGUCAAGUUUUACAGGACGUUGUACACACACUGGGGGGUCUAUGAAGGUAACGGUAAGGUGAUCAACGUGUCGGGGACGUUUCUGGAUAAACUUGAGGAUCGCGUGGAGAUCAAACGUGAAGAUUUCCUCAAGAUUGCAGACGGCGAUGAGACCAGUGUAGGCAAUGAGAUGGACGCCUAUUGGAAACCCCUGGAUGUUAACGUGAUACUGGCGAGGGCAGUCAAACAAAUCGGGCAGGUGUUCUACAAUGUGUUCUGUCACAACUGCGAACAUUUCGCCAAGUGGUGCCGGUACGACCGGAACCAGAGCAGCCAGGCUGAAAUGUUCGUACCUCAUGAAGUCUGUGAGCUGAUGGUUGACAGCAUUGAACAUCAACAAAUGAAGAAAUACAGCAUCAGUCCUGGUUCAAGCUAUGAGCUCACAGAGGAAGCGAUGAGGAAAUCACGCUGUUGUACCUGCUUAUAACAUUUACAUUUGGUUACUGAAGACUUGACUUCACACGCGAUCUGUACUAAAGCUGGUACACAUUUUUAGUUUUGCGAGAAACACGGGGAAACACGGAGACACACGGAGAAACACGAAUUCUGAUGUAUAAGAUAUCGUGUUGUAAUACGAACACUUGACAGAUGUUUUUCUCAAAUUAUACAAGUACUCGGAAAUUUAAAAAAAAAAUCUAAAUACAAGGGUGUAACUGUGAUUUUAGGUUUAACAUUUUUAUUUAAUUUACCAAAGUUGUAAAACAGUUUUAAAUUUUUAUUAAUAUCCUUUAAAAGUUAGAAGUAACUAUUUUAAAUUGAUUAAACGCUACUGAAGACAAUAGAUCCUACACCAAAGCUAAGCGUCAGUUCUAAAUUUAGAGCGACCAUAGUGUUGCGAUUUAUUUUUUGUCGACAAAUGCUAUCGACACCGUGUACAUAACUCGUGUUAAAGUGCUAGCUAGCACUCUAAACACUUUUACAGUAUGUUAUAUGGAAAUAACUUGUUUACUUGUUCAUGUAUCUAUUCACACUAUGUAUAUAAAUAGACUAUAUCCUUAUUUGAAGUGUUGUGAACUUUAUGAAAAAUUUAAAGUUUUAAAUAUUCUAUUGUGGUUCUAAGGGCCACAGCUGAAAAGGUUCUGCCAAAACAAUUUUUUUAUGGGGCAUAUUUAAGAUGUUGCCAAAUAUUUAACUGAAUGCCUUUUUUAUUUGAUUUUAUUUGAUUUUCCCAUGGUAUUUGUAAAUCUUAUGUUCUCAGAUAUUUUAAAAAUGUUUUGGGUCUCAAAUAAAGAAUCAAUGUUGUA